AUGGAAAUCCAAUGGCUACUCCUUUGCCAAUCUCUCUUUUAUUUCUUCAUCCUCUACUUCUUGUUCAGACAGUUCUGGACAUCUGAUCAUCACAACCUCCCUCCAGGUCCCCGGAAACUUCCCCUCAUCGGAAACCUGCACCACCUCUCCGGCGCCCUGCCGCACCACGCCCUCCGAGCCCUCGCCCGCAAACAUGGACCCCUCAUGUCCCUAAAGCUCGGCGAGCUCCGUACAGUCGUCGUCUCGUCUUCCCAAUUAGCCGAGCAGAUCACACGAACCAAUGACGCCGCGUUCGCCGGCCGCGUCGAGCUCAUGCUGCCGAGAAUCGUUCUGUACAACUCGUCGGACAUGGCGUCGGCGCAGUACGGCGAGUACUGGAGGACAAUGCGGAAGCUCUGCAUUUUGGAGUUUUUGAAUCACCGGAAAAUUCGAGGGUUCUUCGGACUUAUGCAGACCGAAGUGCUCCGCAUGGUGGAUCGAUUGAACGCCGAGUCGUCGGCGGGGGACCCGGUUAAUGUCACCGAGAAGAUUUUGUCCGUCGAAUGCGGGAUCAUCUGCCGAGCCACGGUGGGGCGGGUUUGGACGAAGGAUCAAGAAACGUCAUUGAUUCGGAUUAUUAAAGAAGCCGUGGCGAUCGCUGGCGUUUUCAAUUUUGUCGACGUGUUCCCGUCGAUGAAGCUUCUCCAUUUCGUGUCGGUGGGUUCGAGACGGAAGCUGGAGAGGAUGCACGAGAGGAUUGACGCCGUUCUUGAAGAAAUUAUCGAACAUCACCGAGAUAAGAAAAUGUGCGUCAAUGGCGACGACGUAGAGGAAGACAUGAUCGACAUUUUCUUGCGGGCGAGGGCGAGCAAGCGUCUUCGCAUCCCGAUAACUCGGGACAACAUCAAAGCCAACAUCUUUGAAAUGUUCAUAGCCGGGAUCGAGACAUCGUCGCUGGUGAUCGAAUGGGGAAUGUCCGAAAUGAUAAAGAACCCGCGAGUUCUGCGUAAGGCGCAACAAGAAGUCAGGCGAGUUCUCGACGGGAAGGAAAUAUUCGAACAAAUGGACAUCGAAAAGCUUAGUUACCUGAAAACGGUGAUCAAAGAGACGCUUCGAUUGCAUCCUCCCGGUCCGCUCCUCUGCCCUAGACGUUGCCGGGAGCAAUCGAGGAUCGACGGAUACGACAUCCCGGUGAACACGAUAGUCAUGAUCAAUGUUUGGGCUAUAGGAAGGGAUCCCGACAUUUGGCUCGACCCGGAGAAAUUCAUACCCGAAAGAUUCGAGCACGCUGACAUCGACUACAAAGGGAAUCAUUUCGAGCUUAUACCGUUCGGCGCCGGGAGAAGAAUUUGUCCCGGAAUAUCAUUCGGCAUCGCCGGCGUCGAGCUAAGCCUCGCCCAUUUGUUGUACCACUUCGAUUGGGGAGUUCCCGACGACGCCCCCCCGGAGGAUUUGGACAUGACGGAGAACUUCGGGGCGUCAGCGGGACGGAAGAACAAUCUGUGCCUGAUUGCUACUCGCCGAGGCGAAUCCAUUCGAUGA